UGAUUUUUGAUUGUCCUGCAUUCACUGGGUAUCGUGGUUAUUGUGGAUCGGCAUAUGGGAGUACGUAUGAUGGCUUACCGAUCUUUGGAAUCGCUGCCCUUGCGGCCGAGCGUAUUGACUCGAUCGUUACCAGCGGAUGCUUACACUGCAACUAUUACCGAUCUACAAGCAUCGGACCGUCUGCUGCGUGUGUCACGACCUGUUCAGAACAGUGUAUUUUCCUUUAUUCCUCCGGAAUCAGCUCCAGAUCCUAAAACUCUGGCAGUUUCGUCGACGGCAUUGCGGGAUCUGGAAGUGGAUCCAGAAGUGACUCAAACCGACGAAUUUGCACAAGUAUUUUCAGGAAAUAAACUCCUUGGAAACACUCGACCGUGGGCCCUAUGUUAUGCUGGACAUCAGUUUGGCUUUUUUGCCGGCCAACUUGGUGAUGGUCGUGCGAUUUCAUUGUUUGAGACCGAAAACUCCAAAGGCGAUCGGUGGGAAAUCCAAUUAAAGGGCGCCGGUCGCACGCCUUACUCGAGAUUCGGUGAUGGAUACGCGGUAUUGCGCUCGAGUAUUCGAGAAUUCCUCAUGUCAGAACAUAUGCAUGCACUGCGUAUCCCUACAACACGCGCCUUGGCAUUGAUAGGCACCAGUCGCCAAGUAUUCCGAGAAGAUGCACCUGCAGAUGUGGCGCAACCUGAACGUGGGGCCAUUGUGGCUCGCUUUGCGCCUUCAUGGUUACGUUUUGGCAAUUUUGAGAUUUUUUAUUCCCGCGACGAUUAUGAUAAUGUCCGCGCAUUAGCCGACUAUGCUAUCAAAGAAGUUGUAAAGGAAGAGGGUGAAGAUGACUCAAGCAAUGGCAAUCGCUAUGAACGCUUUUUCCGACGCAUUGCCAAGAACACGGCGAAAAUGGUGGCCGAAUGGCAAGCAAUCGGCUUUAAUCAUGGCGUUAUGAAUACAGAUAAUAUGUCUCUCCUUGGAUUAACGUUGGAUUAUGGACCAUUUCAAAUGCUUGACUUUUACGAACCAGGAUACAUCUGCAAUCAUACCGACACAGGCGGACAAUAUGCGUUCAAGCGCCAGCCUACGGUGUGUAUUUUCAAUCUGUUCAAGCUUGGUGUGCCUUUAUUUGAAUUGAUUGGUGCCGGAAAUGAAGUUGACAGCUUGGUAUUCCCGUCAGCGGAUGAAACUAAACAGCGGUCCAAUGUCACUAGCGAAGGCACCAGGGCAGAAUAUCGAGAAACUGGCAAGGAAACUGUUACCAAGCUCCUCAGCGAAGAGUUCUCCGAUUGGUUUAUGGACCAUCUUGCCCACAAAAUGCAACUCAAGUUGGGAUUGACGAAAAAGCAAAAUGCCGAAGCAGAUAUGCAAGAUCUCAUUAUUCCUCUUUUGGACUGGAUGACCGAGCAUAAGAUCGAUUAUCAUCGAUUUUUCAGAUCAUUAUCCAAUUACCGCACGACUGAAGCAGGGGAAGAUGGGGAUGCUUGUUCUGCUAUUCAAGAUCAACUGGAUAUCGUACCGCAAGACGCUUCAAAUCUUGAAGAAUCAAAGCAAUCUUUAACGCCCUGGCUAGCCAUGUAUCGCCAUCGACUUUUGGAAGAAGGCGCUCAAGACAAUGAAAGAAAGCAACGCAUGGAUUCGGUCAACCCUCGUUUUGUGUUGCGCAACUGGAUUGCUCAAGAUGUGAUUAGCGCCUUUGAUAACAAAUCCGAAGAUGAAGCUGUUAGCAUCCUUCAAGCUUGUUUGCGGGCAUGUGCCAAUCCUUACCAGGACAAAUAUGACGAUGCGUGUGUGGAAACAUGGAUUAACACUCCAACACCAGAGUGGGCACAAAAUCUCAAAUGUUCAUGCAGCUCAUAAAGCUGAUCCGAAUAACUAGAACGGGCGGUAUUUUGUUAAACACUUCGCUCUUCUACUUUUAUCAUUUUCAUCUCCUUGACACCUUGCCAAAUAAACAGUUUAUUUUAAGUGUAU